CGCCCGCAAUCGCGUCUGCGUUCAUCCCCUCCCUUCAUCAGCCAGUCUCCGUCAAAACACGUAUCUAUCGUUCUCGCAAGCACCCCGUCUCAUCGUUCAUUCCCAAUUUUGGUAGGGGAUUUCUGAAGAAAAAAUCCCAAAUUUUUUACAUGGAAGCAUCAGCUGCGAGCUCAUCGAAUCACCAGCCAAGGCUUCGCUUUUUCCGCUGUGCCUUCUUCAGGAAUUGUUGUCGAUGUUUCUGUUGUUGCUACACCUACCCGUAAAGCGUCUCGCCAACUCUUCCCCAGUUUCCUGUCCCUGAUCGUCGUCGUCGUGGAAGACCGAAAGCCCUUGCGAUUCCUUGUGGAUUCGUUUGCAUGGAUUUCUCUGAUUGUCAGUCCGGUCUCUCCCUGGCGUUCCGCUCUCGCUCGUCGACGCCGGCUCCUUUGAACCCUGGCGAUGCUAUUUCUGGACAGCUUGGCGCGAGCCAUCGCAGCUCGUCGAGCUCGAUCCCGCUGCAGUUGCUCGAGCCGAAGAAUGACCGGUCCAGGGAGAGCGAUGAGGAGGAAUCGAGCGAGGAGGAGGAGUUUAGGAUUCUGGGGCACUCGAUGUGCUUGAAACGGCAGAGGGACGGGCAAUUGUUGCCGAAUUCGAACGGAGCCAAGCGGAUUGCGGUCGAACAGGGGGUCGAGGCCCGGCGAGCCGCCGUCAAGGCGUGGGGGAACCAGGCUCUGUCCGUGGCCGACCCGGAAAUUCACGACAUCAUGGAGAAGGAAAAGCAGAGGCAGUGUAAAGGUAUCGAACUGAUUGCUUCCGAGAAUUUCGUGUGUAAGGCGGUAAUGGAAGCUCUAGGCAGUCAUUUGACGAACAAGUAUUCGGAGGGGAUGCCCGGAUCUAGAAAUUACACGGGCAAUGAGCAUAUUGAUCAAAUCGAGUUCCUCUGCUACAAGCGUGCAUUGGAGGCGUUCCAUUUAGAUUCGGAUAAAUGGGGUGUGAAUGUGCAGCCUUAUUCGUGUACCUCCGCCAACUUUGCGGUCUACACCGGUCUUUUGCUUCCGGGGGAUCGGAUAAUGGGUUUGGACUCGCCUUCCGGUGGUCACCUGAGCCACGGUUAUUAUGCGCCGAGCGGGAAAAAGGUUUCUGCUGCUUCCAUAUUCUUUGAGACUUUUCCUUACAAGGUCAAUCCACAGACGGGGUAUGUGGAUUAUGAUAAGCUAGAGGAGAAGGCUCUCGAUUACAGACCAAAGAUACUGAUUUGUGGUGGGAGUGCGUACCCUCGAGAGUGGGAUUACGCAAGGUUUAGGCAAGUAGCAGAUAAGUGUGGGUCUGUUCUCAUGUGUGAUAUGGCGCACAUCAGUGGUCUCGUGGCAGCAAAGGAAUGUGCAAGUCCGUUUGAUUAUUGUGAUAUUGUCACCUCGACAACUCACAAAAGUCUCAGAGGUCCUAGAGGAGGUAUAAUCUUUUACAGGAAAGGUGUAAAGUUAAGGAAACAAGGCUUGUCGUCUAGUCAUGGUCAUGAUACCGCCAAUUAUGACUUCGAGGAAAGAAUAAACUUCUCUGUUUAUCCGACAACGCAAGGAGGCCCUCAUAACAAUCACAUUGCUGCUCUUGCCAUAGCCUUAAAACAAGUGGCUAGCCUCGAGUACAGAGCAUAUAUCCAGCAGGUGAAGAAAAAUGCUCAAGCUUUAGCAUCUGCAUUGUUGAGAAGAAAAUGCCGGUUGGUGACUGGAGGCACGGACAAUCAUUUGUUGGUCUGGGACCUGACUCCUCUUGGCCUAUCAGGAAAGAAUUAUGAGAAGGUCUGUGAGAUGUGCCGCAUUAGUGUCAACAAAGCUGCUAUAUUUGGUGAAAAUGGUGCAAUUUCCCUAGGAGGAGCAAGAAUUGGUACUCCUGCCAUGACAUCGAGAGGGUGUAUAGAGUCUGAUUUCGACACGGUAGCUGAUUUUCUCCUGAGGGCGGCUCAAAUAGCAAUUGGUGCGCGGAGGGAACAUGGAAAAUCGCAGAGGGAUUUCCUCAAGGGUCUUCAGAACAACAAAGACAUUGUUGAGCUGCGGAAUCGAGUUGAGGCAUUUGCUUCCCAAUUUGCUAUGCCAGGAAUCGACAGUUGACUCUGAAAAGGCAGCUGGAGGCAUUUGUUGUGGAACUUCUCCGUUCGCCUCCACUUGUAUGCCCUCUAAUGCUCUUCCCAAUUUUUGGCAUUAUGUUAGUCUGCUGUGUAUAUUUACAGAAAAUUAAUCUCUAUACUAUGUGGAAAUAUCGAACACCGCUGUCUGAACCUGUUCAUUUCUUCACAAAGAAUGAUUACCAUUAGGAAGCAUCUUUCUUCA